AAUAAUUGGAAGCCACUGUAUUCUCAAAUUCAACCAUCUCGGCUUCACCAAAUUCCCAAUAUUUAUAGGCGGCCAAUGACUCCAAGCGGAGAAUGCCACGGGCUACGUUUGUUUCUUAUUUCAAAGGCGCAUUUCUUUCUUUUUUCCACUUUCCCUGUUCACAAGCGAUCUGAUUUCUGCACUGCUCGGAUCCUCAUCGCCAGCCGCCAUUAUUUUACUCAACAAAUUCCCAAAUGGGCCUUUCUCUUCGCUCCAUCUCACUGUAGCUUUGCUCGUAAAGUAGCUUAAUCGGAGUCUUUUACUCAAUCAUUUAUUCCAAUUCGAUCUAACCGUGCACGCCAACAAUCUCUGUUUCUUUAUUGAAGUGAAGUUUUUGGAUCCGAGUUUUAUGUUUAAUGGCAGAAAUCGUCGGCCCUCGCUUGUACAGCUGCUAUAAAUGUCGAAAUCACGUUUCGCUUCACGAUGACAUAAUUUCCAAGGCUUUUCAGGGAAGAAAUGGCCGAGCCUUUCUGUUCUCUCAUGCCAUGAACAUUGUGGUGGGGCCUAGAGAAGAUCGGCAGCUCAUGACGGGCCUUCACACAGUUGCUGAUAUCUAUUGUGCAGAUUGCCGUGAGGUGUUGGGCUGGAAGUAUGAAAGAGCCUAUGAGGCGACACAGAAGUACAAGGAAGGGAAGUUCAUACUUGAAAAGUCAAAAAUUGUCAAGGAGAAUUGGUAAUCUUCUCUAAAGGUCCUUAUAAGUUAUUUCAUUCAUCCCAUUGUGAAUUCAAGUGUUGCAAUCUUCCUAAUGUUCGUUCUGUACAGAAACCACUCACUUCAUUGAAAAUUUGUCACUGUCCCCAAUCUCUUUACUAUCAGCCCGUAGCUUGUCUGUAAGGCCAUGAACCUAAAUUGUCUUGUUAAUAAAAUUGUCCUACCAUUUAUGCUGCCUAA